AUGUCCAAUUCAACUACAUCUUCCACUCCUCUAUCAUCACCAUUUGUCGAAUCCCCUGGUUCUGAGAAAAGAUUUACGUUGGAUGACUUUGAGUUUGGGAAAAUCUUGGGCAAAGGGAAACUAGGGCGCGUUUAUUGUGUCAAACAUAAAGAACUGGGGUUAGUUGUAGCAUUAAAAGCCAUGAAUAAACAAGAGUUGAUAGAUUUAAGACUAGAGAAGAAUUUCAGACGAGAAAUUGAAAUUCAAUCUAAAUUACACCAUCCCAAUAUAACACGUUUAUAUACUUGGUUUCAUGAUCAUGUCAAUGUCUAUCUUGUGCUUGAAUUUAGUCUAUAUGGUGAAUUAUAUCAUCACUUAAAGCAAGCCAAACGCUUUGAUAAUGCACUUGCUAGUUAUUACAUUUAUCAAGUCACGCAGGCAUUGAUUUACCUCCAUAGAAAGAACAUAAUUCAUCGAGAUUUAAAACCAGAAAAUAUCAUGUUAAGUCUUGAUAAUGUUAUCAAAUUGAGUGAUUUUGGUUGGUCGGUGCAACAGCACCAGGAUAAACCCCAUUAUCAGUCUAACCCUACUAGAAGAAUAACCUUGUGUGGGACAUUGGAUUAUUUACCCCCGGAAAUGGUUGAAAGUAAACCUCAUGACAAAAGUGUCGAUAUUUGGGCGUUGGGGAUAUUGACUUAUGAGUUUCUCGUAGGUAAACCACCAUUUGAAGAAGCAUCAAAGGAUGCAACUCAUCAAAGAAUAUCCAAGGGUGAUAUUCGUUUCCCAAACUAUGUUGAUCAUGAUGCGGUGGAUUUGAUCAGAAAGCUAUUGCAUAAGGUUCCAGAAAAGAGGUUGAGUUUAAAACUGGUUUUGAACCACCGCUGGAUCAUGAAACACAAGCCAAACUGGCCUACGAAAAAGUAA